AUGGCCGAUGAUAUUUAUGUCGUCGAAAAAAUUCUCAAUAAGCGAGUUCUUGAAAAUGGUGAGAUUGAAUAUUUUUUAAAAUGGUUUGGCUACGACGAAGACGACGCCACUUGGGAACCGGAAGAAAACGUUUUCUGCAAAGAUUUAAUCAAAUUGUAUGAAAGAAGUGUCAAUUGUCCGGAAGAUAUUGAUGAUGAGUGUCAAAUAACUCUAAAUCAAAUGCUUGAUGAAAUUGAAAAUCUCGUUCAAACAGUCUUUUCAACAUCGUCUGAUGACAUUAAUAUCAGCCUUGAAGAAUCGAUUACCGAACAGGCCUUAUCACCCACUCUUGCUGCAUCCGCUUUGCCUACUAUUAGUCAAAAUUCCAUUGUCGAUAUUCCUAAUGGCCAUGAAAAUGGUAUUUCCAGAAGUGAUAGUAUGGACAAUGUGAACAAAAAUGAAGAAACUACAGUUUCACAUAUGACUUUAGAAUCACCACUGACUACUGGUCGCGGUCGAAAACGAACAAAAACCACAUCCCAAACUCGCCGAAAGAAACUUCGAUCUGAUUCCAAUGCAAAUAAAUCACCUAUUGUCGAUGAAAAUGCCAAUGAUAUUCAAAGACCUGAACAAAUGGAAAUCCCGAACAAUACGAUCGAUUACCUUUCUUUGGAACCUGAACGUAUUGUUUCCAUAACACGUUCUCGCUUACCAGCACAAGAACUCGAAUUUCUUUUGAAAUGUUCACGUUGUCCAACAAAAUUAUUUUUCAUUUCAAACGAAAAAGCUAAAGAGCUUGUACCCGACUUAUUAAUCGAAUUUUAUGAACGACAUAUCAAUUGGUUCAUAGAUAAACCCUCGCCAUCAUCGUCGAGACAAAAAAAGUCCAAACGCGGAAGUAACUCAAAUACGCGAAGCAAUACAAGUCGACAAAAAACUUAA